CGAACGCAUCCAUAAUAUGUUACUCUAUGGAAAUUGUAGCUAUAUUAAAUCUACUUCUAAAUUUUAACCAUAGAAUGCAUUAGAUUAGGGAGACCAUGAGAGAAAAACAUGGUGAAAUAUCCUAAGUUUCUCAUAAAUAUGCUUACAUUUGACAUAAAUAUUUGUUUGAUAUGAACUCAUAUCAGUAGUUUGAUAUGAGUUCAUAUCAAAACUACUGAUAUCAGUAAUUGUUAUGAACUCAUAUCAGUAAUUGGAACGCGGGUUGGGUCAGGUUCUACGGGUUGUGUAAUCCAAAAUCCACACCCAAACCAAAAGAGACGGGUUGUGCAAAAGAAAACACUCAUCCAACCCAAAACCUUCUUUUUAGCGAUAAAUACGGGUGGGUUGGGUUGAAUUGAACGGGUGGGUCGAUUUGCGGGUGUGUUUGUUCACCCCUAAUACUUUGCAGAUAUCUUUUUGAAAAAAAAAGAUAAAAUUAAUUAAUAACAAAAGCACUAAUGUAAGUCAAAGGAAAAUGGUGAAGAAGUCAAAACCUAGCACUACACUAUUUUUAUUACACAAUAUUAUUAAUUUGCACGAAAAAAUGAAGGUCAAAAUUAGUUUAUAAUUAUAAAACUAAGUGUCGUUAUCAUUGCCACACCAUGAAGACUGGUCACAUUUAAGUCGUCAAAUGGCCGACUGGGAAUGUCAUACAAACCGUAGAAUCAGCAGUAGGUUCCUUCCACCUUAGUUUAAUUGGUUUUUGUACUACAAAAUGUUGAAAAUUUGUUCACUUCCUUAAAAGAAUUCAUCUUUCAAAGUGCUUGCUUUCAAAGAAUUAGCACUUGCCAAUGCCAUACGUCGCAGUCUACCCACCAAUGUUUUUCAUUUUCAUUUAUUUAAUUAGCGAGAUGACAAAAAACCUAAUUAAAAUUAUAGCUCAGACAUUUAUAUUUCUCUAGUGGUUUAGUUUUAACUAUCGAGAAAGCAAUGUGAAUUCAAGCCUUUGUUCAUGUUUAUAGUUUUGACACAUGUAUCAUGUGCAAUGAAGAACAAUAUCAUCUCUGUAUCUCUUUACUUCGGCGAGACUUAAUUAUAAAACUUAUUAAAUAACAAAAUCGGUUAUAAAUGGCUCCCUGCCUUAGAAUUAAUAAAAAUUCUUAGAUAGAUAUCAAUUGAGUGGGACUUCCAAAACAGGAAAUUAAUGAUCAUCAAUUAUUCUAGGUCAUGGUGCUACACGCAUGCUGUAGCCUUGUUAAACAAUAACCAAAGUAAUGUACAAGUCUCAAAUCUUUAUGGGGCCAAACACGAGAUAUGGUGAAUCAAUGAGCAAUAUGGGAGGUUCGGAGGCGUUCGGCCCCAAAACCAUGGUGGGUCGUCGGCCAGUUGCCAUUUUAUAUAUAAGAGAUGAGAAAACUAUUCAUAUAAACAAUACUAAUGUCCAAAGAUAGGUGAAAAGAAAGGCACUUUGCAUAAAAAAAAAUGGAAUUCCAAAUACUAGGAGUUCUUAAAAUUUUCCAAAUACUAAAUUUUGUGUAUCUAAACCCUACGUAUCCAAAGAAUUUUGUUGCCCCGUUAUUUCCCAAGUGGGGUACUAGGCGCUUAGUAAGAUAUGAGGUGAUGAAGGAAAAAAUUAGAAAUUUUGACCUAUAUGUAUACGUAAUUUAAAGGGAAAAUUAGAAAAUUUGAUUUCUUCAUUUUAAAAAAAUUAUAAAAAAUAUGAUAAAUCUAUUUAAAUUAUUUAAGAAGUUAAAAUUUUCACCUAUUUAUGAUUUUAUUAUAGUUAAAAUAUGAGGUGAUAAAAGAAAAUUCUUAAUUAAUUUGAGUACAAUUACAUGUAAUUAACUUAAAAAAAUGGAUCAAUAAUGAGGCGGAUCAAGACAGGUCAAAUCAAAUAGAGUACACGUAUCAGCCCGUCCUACAUAAUUACCUGCCAAAAAAGAUAAAAUCACUCUGGUAAAACGAAUCAAGUAAAAAUUUUCAACUACAAUAUCUUGACUCCAAAACCAUUCACUUACAUCCACUCCUGCAGAAAAUACCGCAUAAUUUUUUGUGGCUGCUAUGAUGUUUUGUGGAAGAAGGAGAAGAAUAUGAAAGUAUUCUUCUUAAGAUUCUGGUGUGUUAAUCCGGUUAUAAUUGUUAACACAGAUUGUGUUGUUCUCACAUUAAUCAAGUUCGUGGUGUGGUAAAUUUUUUUUUUUUUUAAUUAGCGUCACUUUCUUCGCAUAUAAAUUUUCUACACAUAUAUAAAAGAAUUGUAUGGGCCCUUGGCAGACAUUCUAAAAGGGUAGAAGUGGACGGAGAAUCACAAUGAUAGUGACAAAUAUUAAUUAGGAGAGUGUUAUAUUUAUUGGGGUAUAAUAACCAAAAAGUACGUCCAAGCGCUACAAAUAAACAAAGCAAGAAAGCCAAACCAAUAUACUUACUUGACUUUUGACAAUUCCAGCAGCCUGUAGACCGCACGAGGAAAGUGUCAUUUUCUCCAAUAAAAACAUUAAUGAACAAGCGGAGAAAGGUAGCCAACUCGGCAAAUACAAUUCAUUAGGAAAUUUUUUUUAACUUUCAAAUUAUUAGCUAUAUCUAUCAAAAUACAAAAUAUUAAUAAAAUGUUAACAUUUCAUUAGCAAUUUUAUUAAUAAUGUUGAUUUGACAACAUGAUAAUGACAUGAAAAAGAUACGUGACAGUUAAUAUUCCAAAAUUUUAGUAUAUUAACUAAGAAAAGAGUUACAAAAUUACUAACGGUAUGAGAAAGAUGACUAAUAUUUUGAUGGAUUUCAAAAAAAUUAGCUAAUAUUUUAUAUUUUGUAAGAUUUGACUAAUAAUAUACAUAAUUGAAUAGUUUGACUAAUAAAUUUUAUUUACCCUAUAUAUUAAAAAAAAGUAGUAAUUUCAUACCUUGGUGUGUGGGGGUGGGGGGAUAUUCACGUCGUAUUUGGAUAUUAUUUGGAAUUUUCGAUUAUUAAUUAUAUAUUAUUGUUUAUUUAUUUUAGUAGGAUUGAAAUUUAUAUUUUAGUAUUUGUUUAGGAUUUCGUUAUUGUUUUCUUGUAGGAAAAGGAGAAGGAUGGUCAGGAUUUUCUAACCUAUUAACAUGUAAUCAUUCUCUAGUGAUUAAUGCCAUAGAAGAUUGGAACCCAAAUAAUUUUCUUAUGUUCUUUGUUUUCAAUUUCAUUUGAUAGUUCUUUGCUUUAAGUAUUUUCUUUCGUACGAGUGUUAGAAAAGUCAUCACCUACGUCACAUCGUCUUAACAAAGAUCGCAGGAAUCCCAUCCCUAGCAAUGGAUUUUGGUGACUGAUAUAGUAUCUUACGGUGGCUGAUGAUGAAGUUCUGACAAUAAAGAUGAGAAAAAUAAAUUCGCACAAAAAAUCUUCUAAUAAAUACAAAUUAUUUUUUAAUGAAUGAGUAUGAUGAUCGAAUUCAUGAUUUUGGACACAAUUCUCACAAGAUAAUUCAGAUUUAUUUUCCUCUGGAAAUAUAGGGUGUUCCCUGCCGUUCCUAUUUUUGUUUGCUUGCGUCUGGGAUAGUUGCAGAAAUUUCACUUUUUGUUUACUAAUUUUGUAAAAGCUUAUGGUUAACUAAACGCAUUGACCAUGGAAUGUAACAAAAACAUCAUAGCUUCCAUCCGAAAUGAUAAUUUCAAAACGUGUACCACAUACAUAAUUUUAUUACAAAAUUUAGGUAUUCUAGUAUUAUUAACUCUGAAAGAUAUACUUUUUUCUCGAUAAAAGCCGUGGAGUGCUUUUGCAAAUCCUUGGGGAGAUUGGAAUCUUUGGCUUUCUGGACUGUUGAGGCUAGCAAUGAUGCCCAAUGCAAUGGGAAGUUUCCCUUUGAGGAAAACCAUAAAAAAGGAUGGCUGCAACUUGGAAGUUUGAACAGAGAAAAGUUGGUCCAAUGGACAGAUGGUAUUCACUUGAAUUGUCGAACAAAUGUAUAGAAUUAAGGCCAAGAAUGUAUGGGAAGUUUCUUCUAAUUCAGUUGGGUCUUGGGUCUAGAAGAGAGUUUUGAAACUUCGAGACACUGCUAGAAGAUUUAUCACAGGUGCUGGUUCUUCUUUAUGUCGGGAUGGUUGUUCUAUGACUAGCUUCUCUGUUAAGCGAGUUUGGUUAAGUAUUCGUACCCCAUCGGCUAAGAUGAGCUGGUCAGAACUUGUUUGGGGUAAGCAUAUAAUACCCAAAUAUAGUGUUCAGUCGUGGAUUAUAGUUCAGAACAGAAUCACCACUGCUGAUAAGCUUCUGGCUUGGGGGAAAAUGGUUUCUGCUGUGUGUGUUAUGCCCAGGAGGUUUAGAGAGUAGAAAUCAUCUCUUUGGCUCCUGCUGCUACUUUGAGUGUGUGUUGUAGGUUCUUUUUGCUGUUAUACCAUCUCUCCACUUUGGCUGCUGGGAAGACACAUUGUCUUGGGCUUUGGAGCGUUGGAAGGGAUCGAGUAAUACUGCUAGAGUUGGUUGUCUACUGUGGCAUUUAGCCAUCAGCAAUGUAUGGAAGGAGCAAUGAAGAAGAUGGUACGGGGAUUGUGCUGCUGUUUCCCCACUCCAGUUAGCGCGCCGGAUCCAUUCAGAAGUGGAUUGCUUAGUAUAUAAGUUUCCUACACUCGGCCCUAUUUUUGAUAGGUUUUCUGUUAAGUCCCCAUAGUCUAUCAUUGUGUAAAUGAGUACAAUCUGAUUUAGGGUUUCCUGGCGCUUAAUGAAAAUUUGGAUUCAUCCAAAAAAAUAUUUUUUAAUGAAUGAGUGUGAUGAUUGAAUUCAUGAUUUUUGACACAAUUUUCACAAGAUAAUUCGAAUUUAUUUUCCUCAGGAUAUAUAAGGUGUUCCCUGCCGUUCCUAUUUUUGUUUGCUCGCGUUUGGGAUAGUUGCAGAAAUUUCACUUUUUGUUUACUAAUUUUGUAAAAGCUUAUGGUUAACUAAACACAUUUACCAUGAAUGUAACAAAAACAUUAUAGCUUACAUCCCAAAUGAUAAUUUCAGAACUUGUACCACAUACAUAAUUUUAUUACAAAAUUUAGCUAUUCUAGUAUUAUUAAGUAUUAACUGAAAGAUAUACUUUUUCCAUUAAAAGCCGUGGAGUGCUUUUGCAAAUCCUUGGGAAGAUUGGAAUCUUUGGCUCUCUGGACUGUGGAGGCUAGCAAUGAUGCCAAAUGCAAUGGGAAGUUUCCCUUUGAGGAAAACCAUAAACAAGGAUGGCUGCAACUUGGAAGUUUGAACAGAGAAAAGUUGGUCCAAUGGACAGAUGGUAUUCACUUGAAAUUGUCGACCAAACCUUUGCACGGAAACCAUUAACAUUUAAUGCUGCUCGAUUUGUAUAUGGACCGAGUGGACAGUACACAAGAAUCUCUAUCAGUUUGUUUUUUCUGCUAAAGAAUCCCCAUUAUUUUGGAGUAUUCUGAGUUGGUGGGGUGGUUUCCUUAGGAUAUCAUAGUUAUACUUGGCAGCCGACUUGUUGUUUAUUAUUUUAUGAAUCGAUUGGUUUCAUUACAUAAAAAAAUAGAGUGCUAGCAAGUAGCAACACCCUUUCUUACUAGGGUAGAACAAUGUGAAAAGUCACCUUACAUCACAUUUUGAACUAAUAUUGACGGUAAAACUAUAGCUAAUAGAAUCUAUUUUGUAUGUACAGCCCCAGGUAAAAACAACAAUCUAGGAAACCCAAAGUCUCUUCACAUCAUCUUCACCCAAUACUCCUUGAAAUUCUUCUUUGAUAGAUGGCAACAAUACAUUACCAUCUCUACUUGUUCUUGCAAAGAUUCUACAACAACUCUCACGCCAAAUAUCGAGAUCCUUGGAGCUACUCAUGCACAUAAGGGUCCUGGAACUGGCACAAAUUGCUGAAGUUGAGGGGUAAGAUUGUAUCUUUCAUUUCGAAUUGGGGGGGGGGGGGGCCUCCUCCUCCUAAAUAACUCCCUUAUGACUUCCUUCUCUAUCAAGCGGGUUUGCCAGCUCCUGCGGCCUGCUCAACAGACUGUAGGAUGGUGGAAACUGGUUUGGAAGGGCAAGGCUAUUCCUCGAAAUAGAGUUAUCACUUGGCUUGUUAUUAGAGGAAGCAUCAACACAAAGGUGAAGAUGCAACGUUGGGGAUAUGGUGGUAGUUUGGCUUGUUGUCUGUGUGGAGUAGGGGUGGAAGAUAGGGAUCACAUUUAUGGCCACUGUCCAUUUGUGCGUCAGCUCUUAGAGUCACUUUUUUACAGAUUUAUGCAGAUCCCUACAUUGGAGAGACGGGAGGAUGUGCUGACUUUGAUGGUGUCCAAACUCGGAGGGGCUGCUGAGACUGUUGAAACAGGGAGGAUAAUCUGGCAGUCAUGAGUGAGCCACAUAUGGAGGGAAUGAUGCCGUCGUUUGUACUCAGCUGAAAUGAAAGACUGUAGCACAUUGCUGAAGGUGAUCAAAACUGAAAUUGAAUGUUUGUUGGGUAACCAUAGAGUUCGUCUAUUCUGGGAUGUUAAGUUAUCAGUAUCUGUUCUUGUUGCUCUUGAGUUUGUAGGUGAUCUGAAUUGUCUCUAGUGUUGUGAGUAGCAUGUACCUAGCUAGCAGGGUUUGUUGCUAGCGCCUCUUUUUUUAUUAAUGAAAACCAUCGAUUCAUAAAAAAGAGACUGAUUAGACUGUGCCACACAGCUUCCCUACCUCUGCUACUUUAGCUUUACCACCAAAUUUUGCAACAACCACUCCUAAGUUUAAAGUUUUUUUUAUAUUAAAAUCACUUACAGAAUAUAUGAAUUAAAAAUUAAUAUAGAUCACGAAACAUUACUCUUUUUGUAAAAUUAUCUACAAAAAUAUAAAUUUUUUGUAUUCAAUCCAAAAUCUCUUAAAAAAAUUUACUCUACAUCUUUUGAGCUAAGGUGGUGCAAAUGACAUGCCUUAGGCUUGAGUGGCUCCACCACUGUAUGUCGUACUGCAAAAUCAUAAUUACAGCUCCUAAGAUCACGGAGCCCCAACCGCCCUUCUGUUUUAGGGAAGGUAAGAUUGUGCCACACCACAUUUGCCCUGAGUUUGGGACCAUUCCCUACACCCCACAAGAAGUUGCUGCAUAUUUUUUCAAUUUUUCUUAUCACUGUCUUUGGGAGAAGGAAAACAUAUAUCUAAUACUAUGUGAGGCUUUAGAGGAUAGAGCUAACAAGCUCCACUGUCCCAUAAGAAAGUGAUUUUGGCUUUCCAAGUGCGAAUCCUAGCUACAGACUCAAGCACUCUCCAAAAAAUAGCUCACAUUUACUAGGAUUCCACUUCAAGCCAGAGAGGGAUCUAAACUUUUCCAGAACUCUAUUCAAACUUUGAGAUCCAUAGUUUGAAACAUCUGUGAACACUAGAACAUUAUGUGCAAAGAAGAGACGAGUAAUCUCUAGUUUUUUGCACAUUGGAUGCUAUGGGAAUUGACCAAUAACAACUGUCUUAUCAAUGAGACAUGAGAAAAUCUCCAAGGCAAUCGCAAACAAGUAGGGAGAAAGAGGACAACCUUGUAUAAAUCCCUUACAAGCUAGAAAAUACCCCUUCCAAUCUCCCAUUGAAACAGACACUGCACAUACAGGUGCCUAUACACAUCUUAAUCCAACUAAUGAAUCGUGGGGGGGAACCCAUAUUGUGAAGAACUUGAAAUAUGGAUUUCUAGUCCACAAAGUCAAAAAAUUUCAUAAGAUCGAUCUUAAGAUCACAACGAGAAGAGAUUUUUCUCUGAGAAUAAGUAUGCACUAGUACGUAGGCAAGAAGUAUGUUGUCUCCAAUAACACACCCCUUAACAAAUGAUGUUUGGUUUUUGCUAAUCAAGUAGGGGAAGUGAGGACUUAACCUAUUGGCUAAAAUUUUGGAUAUAAUCAUAUAUAUAACAUUGCAGUAAGGGACAGUUGGAAAACUACGCAGUAUCAUCAGGAUUCAGAACCUUUGGAAUCAAUGCAAGAAUUGUAG